CCUCCCUGCCCCAGAAAGCUCCCAGAAUACUCACCUGUUCUGGAUUCCCCCAAAGUGGCAGAUUGGAGGAGGAGGCUAGAGGGUGCCCGUGGAGAGACCUCUGAUCCAGCUCCCUGACCCAGAGCCCAGUAAGACCCAAGAAUCCUUGUCUUGCUGCUUCCCUUUGAAGCUCUUUAUAGCGCGGGGAAGUUUAUAUUUACAUCAAGUGAAAUGCAAGAUUUUGAAGAAAACAACGUAUAGAGAAAGUGUGCCAACCAAUAACCGGGGAGAAUGUGCAUCUCAUGUAUUGCCAAUGCUAAGAGAGGUUAUCAGGACAUCUUCCUCAAUGGGAAUCAGAAGCAGAAAACUCACAUUUUCCAGCAAGCCACCAGCUCUCACAUCAGGAGUGCAGCCAUGGAGGGACUUGCAUCCACGCGUUCUUCCAACCAGCCCACUUUGAGCAAGCUCAAAAGAAACAUGAUGCUCCAGACCAUAGAGAAGAAAAGACAAGUCCAUUUAACCAAGGCCAAGAAAAGACAUCAUGAAAGAGCUGUACCUCCUACAAGGCUGACCAGUUGCGUUUUUAAAAAGCCAGUCACAAGCAUAACUUCUCAUCCUGGCAAUGAGGUCAGGUAUAAUCAAUGGGACAGGACCUUGGAGAAGCCCCAGCAAAUCUCUGCAUACAGCAGACUGCAGGGACUCCAAGCCCACAGCAGCGAAGGAGAAAUUUUAAGUACUUUGGACUUCAUAAGUACCUCACAACUCAUUGCACUAGACAGUGCGGAUGUAGGGUCUCUACCUAGUGGCCCUGGGCCCAGCAUGGUACCAUUUUGGGCAGGGAUGGUCCCAGGAGUGGGUCUCCAUCUCCCAGCACCCAUCUGCAGACAGCAAGUAACACCUGGAGAUAUCCGGAGACAGACUUGGAAAGUGAGAAAAUCAAGAGAGAGACUGGCUGAGGCCUUGAGGGCAGACAGGCUUGCCAGGGAGGUGGAGAGAGCCAGAAGCCAAGAGGGACGUUCUGACAACUAGAGGAGACGUUGGAAAGGAUUGUGUGGAAGGAUCCAGCAGGGAGCUUCACUGUGAGACAGCCCCCGGUUUCACUUCCCGUCACGAUGUCAAUCUUGUUUAUUGCUCUAUACCACUGUGCUUUGUUACAUCAAAAUUGUACUUCAUUAAACUCUUGA